AUGGCAGUAAGAAAACCUUUGACUCAAUUUACUACACCUUUAGGUUCCGGUGCAGGUGUACCAAAGGAUAAACGACCACCACGCGUCACCGAUUCUGCUACACGUUUAUCAAAACCAUUUAAAGUUCCAUUUUCAUCAUCAACACAAAAUUCAGUAUCUUCUGAAACUAUAACGAUUUCUCGUAGACCAGUUAGAUCUACACGUAAAAGAACAAAUUAUGCGGUUGAUGGUAUUACACUGGAAAAGGACGACGAAGAAGAAUACAACAACGACCAAAAUGUCAAUGGAGAUGGACAAAUUAUAAAACGUAAAAAAUUUGGUGCAUUAUUACCACGAUCAAUUAUUAAUUCCGAUAAUAUUGCCAAAAAUGAAGAUAAAUUUAAACGUUCUUUUACUGUGCCAUUUGAUAAAAAUAAUAGUAAACAAACAGAAAUUCAAAGAGGUCCACCACCACCAUUAGGAACAAAAGUAAGAGCAAUUCUUCCACCUCGGGCAUUACAUGAUCCAACUAGUGAAUUUGCUAUAGUACUUUAUGAUCCUACAGUUGAUAAAAUCCCUAAAAUUUCUGAAGUAGAAAGUUCCACUUCUAGUUCUACCUCACCUGAACCAGAGCCAGAGACCAAAGAAACAGAGGAACGACCAAUUAAAAGGAAAAGAACUCAUAAAUCUUUAGCAGAAAUAUUAGGAAUUGUGACUAAUCCUGAAGAAAAAUUAUCGAAAUAUCCCGAUGUACCAGUUGUUAUAGAUCCAAAAUUAGCCAAAAUAUUACGUCCGCAUCAAAUUGCCGGGGUGAAAUUUUUAUAUCGAUGCACUGCUGGGUUAAUUGAUGCUAGAGCUAAAGGAUGUAUUAUGGCCGAUGAAAUGGGUUUAGGGAAAACUUUACAAUGUCUAACAUUAAUGUGGACAUUACUUCGACAAUCACCAAGAGGGAAAAGAACAAUUGAAAAAUGUAUAAUUGUUUGUCCUUCUUCAUUAGUUAGAAAUUGGGCUAAUGAAAUUGUGAAAUGGUUAGGUGAAGGAGCAUUGACUCCAUUAGCCGUUGAUGGUAAAAGUACGAAAAAUAGUGAAUUGGGUACUGCUUUACAACAAUGGUCAACUGCUCAAGGAAGAAAUAUUGUUCGACCAGUAUUAAUUAUAUCGUAUGAAACAUUACGUAGAAAUGUUGAUAAAUUGGCUGGUACUGAAGUUGGUUUGAUGUUAGCCGAUGAAGGUCAUCGAUUGAAAAAUGGUGAUUCAUUAACAUUCACAGCAUUGAAUUCAUUGAGAUGUGAACGAAGAGUCAUUUUAUCCGGAACACCAAUUCAAAAUGAUUUAUCAGAAUAUUUUUCAUUAUUAAAUUUUGCUAAUCCCGGUUAUUUGGGUACAAGAAUUGAAUUCAAAAAAAAUUAUGAAAAUGCUAUUUUAAAAGGUAGGGAUUCUACUGCAAGUGAUGAAGAACGUGAAAAAGGUGAUAAAAAAUUAAAUGAAUUGUCACAAAUGGUUUCGAAAUUUAUUAUUAGAAGAACUAAUGAUAUCUUGUCAAAAUAUUUACCCAUCAAGUACGAAUAUGUUUUAUUCACGGGGUUAUCACCAAUGCAAAAAGAUAUAUAUAAUCAUUUCAUUACGUCUCCAGAAAUUAAAAAGUUGAUGAAAGGUACUGGGUCACAACCAUUAAAAGCUAUUGGGAUGUUGAAAAAACUUUGUAAUCAUCCUGAUUUAUUAGACUUGCCUGAAGAUGUCGAAGGUUCAGAAGAAUUCAUCCCCGAUGAUUAUCAAUCGUCAAUUGCUGGAGGAUCAGCGAGUCGUAAUCGUGAAAUUCAAACUUGGUUCAGUGGGAAAUUUUUGAUAUUGGAAAGAUUUCUUCAAAAAAUUAAUAAAGAAACCGAUGAUAAAAUUGUUUUAAUCUCAAAUUAUACUCAAACUUUAGAUUUAAUUGAAAAAAUGUGUCGUUAUAAGAAAUAUGGAGUUUUACGAUUAGAUGGUACUAUGAAUAUAAAUAAACGACAAAAAUUAGUUGAUAAAUUCAAUGAUCCAAAUGGACCGGAAUUUAUUUUUUUACUUUCUUCUAAAGCGGGUGGUUGUGGUAUUAAUUUGAUUGGUGCCAAUCGAUUAGUUUUAAUGGAUCCUGAUUGGAAUCCAGCACUGGAUCAACAAGCUUUAGCUCGUGUUUGGAGAGAUGGUCAAAAGAAAGAUUGUUUCAUUUAUAGAUUUAUAUCUACUGGUACCAUUGAAGAGAAAAUUUUCCAAAGACAAUCAAUGAAAAUGUCAUUAUCAAGUUGUGUUGUUGAUGAAAAAGAAGACGUUGAAAGAUUAUUUUCUGUUGCUAAUUUAAGACAAUUAUUUAAAUUUCAACCAGAUACUCAAUGUGAUACUCAUGAUACAUUUAAUUGUAAUCGUUGUAAAGGAGAUAAAGGACAAUUCAUAAAGGCACCAGCAAUGCUUUAUGGUGAUGCCACAACUUGGAAUCAUUUGAAUCAUCAGGCAUUAGCUAAUAAUGAAGAUAUUCUAAUAACCAAUGAAGCUCAACAUAAUGAUGUAACUUUUGCAUUUCAGUAUAUAUCUCAUUAA